GUAUUCUCAAGUGUUGGGAUAUUUUGUUCCUGAAAUGUUAAGAUAAAGCCAAUCCGUUAAGAUACUCCGGAAAUGAGAUCAAUUCUCUAAUUUAUUUCGGAAGAAGUAAUUAAACUUUUAAACGAUCUGCUUCUUAAAGAUAAACUGAAUAUGUCUGAAGUCAUACAUGUAGGUAGAAAAAGAUUCUGUAUAGCCUGUAGCCUAUAGGUUGUUGUUGAGUGUAACCAUUGUUAACCGAUCUGGAGUAAAAUUUCGGUUUACACUGGUUGAUUAAAGCAACAUGGGAUCUACACCAAAAACUGCGGAGAGAAAUGUCAUUAUUAACCUAACAGAAAUUCUAAAGAAAAAUUCUGAUCAAUUGUUAUCAGGGGAGACAAAUCUGUGUCUUACUACAAGCUCUUUGAGUGUUUUGGCAGUCAAUUUUCGCCGAUUUAGUGAAAAUGCUGGACAUACAAUAGAGGCUGAAUCAUCAUCAGGUUGUAUAGACUGGAGGUCAAAGAAAAAAGAUGAAAUAAACUUUAAAACUUGGCAGGAUAACAUAAGGACAUUGAUUGAUUUUGUUUGGAAGGUGAAAGCCUUAAAGAUUAUACAUGGAUCUUACACAAUGAAAGCACCUAUACAGAUUCACAGGUUUAGAUCAUUGCAAAUGUUAGAAAUUAAAAGAGUGCCUAUACAUAUGGUAGAAGGAUUGUCUAAAUUGAGGGGUCAGCUGAAAGAAAUAACUGUGUCAAAAAGUUUGCAAACAUUAAAGGACUUGCUGGAGAUCUGCGGAGGUGACAGAACCCCAGGUUUGGUAUGGCCUUACCUGAAAACAGCAUACCUCAGUUUUAAUACAUUGAAGGAGCUUGAUGUAUCUUUAAGUUUUAUUCCUUUUGUUGAAGUUUUAGAUUUGAGUCACAACAGUAUAGCUAAAACUGAGGAAUGUCUACAGAAUUUGUUAGAUUUAAAGAGAAUUAAUCUGGGUUACAACUUGUUGAAGUCAGUGCCUCAGUUUUCAUCUGUCAAUAAAUUGAAAAUUAAAACACUGGUAUUGCGCAAUAACAACCUUGAGGAUUUGGAUGGUGUAGAGGAGUUGAUUGCCUUGGAAGAACUUGAUGUCUCUGAAAAUUUUCUGCUUGAUCACAUGGUUUUACAAGGUCUUAAAGCAUUGAAAAGACUUCAAGUGUUAUGUAUGGUAGGAAAUCCUUUGUGUUAUAAAAUAGAUCACAGAAUGCUCACACUACAACAUGUUUAUCCGCAAGCGGGGCUUGGUGUGUUCCUACUUGAUGGAAAAAGACUAACAAAUCAUGAAGUUAUGGUUUUGCAAGAAUAUCAGUACAGAUAUAGUUAUGAUGUUACAAUGGAUGCCAGUACAUGUACAUUAGGUGUGAGAUACCCUGAUCAAACAACAGCUAAUUUCCAGUUGAGUCCUUAUAGAUAUAAAAAGAAACAUGGUCACAGAAGGAAACCUAGCAAGGGAAGAUUACAAAAGAUUGUAAAUAUAGAGGACUGUCUGGAAGAGAACCAUAUUAUUCAGCCAUUAGGUAGUCCAUCAUCAACAUCAUAUACUGAAGACUCUGAAUUUGAUUCUCAGAAACACGAAGAUGAGAACUAUUAUAGAACAAUUAGAGAAUAUUACAAAGAUGACUGGUUAUAUGCUUUGUCAGCAAAACAGAGUGGCUCAGCCCAGAAAAACCAGCUGGGUGUACAAGUUGCAGAUCCCCAAGAUUUUGACCAUAAUGAUGCAAAAGAAAGGGAAAACUCAAAGAAAAAUGAUGUUUGUUUUGAAAUACAAAAUGUAAAAACAGGCACUGAUGAAAAAUUUGAAGAUGAAAAUACUUUCUCAAGCAAAUCUGAUGGUUUGGAGCAGUCUUUGACGAGUGAGAUAAUUCAAACAGAUGUGUAUAGUCUAGUAGCAUCCCCCUCAACUACAGAUGCACAAUUGUCAAUCCAGCUCCCUGCAUCUCCAGAAGUUGUUCAGAUUGUUAGUUCUACAGAUUCAUUAUCAAGGUCUAAAUUAGGCAGUAGAAGUGAAGGUACAGAAAGAAAGAGACUUCUCCACAUGUAUUCUUAUGAUGUAGUUGAUGCUUCAAGUUCAUCAAAGGAAGAUAACUCAGAAAUGUAUGAUGCAGAGUAUGAGGAGUUUAUUAUGAGAUUAGCAGAUGAUGAGAUGAAUCAGCUAAUUUUAACUGUUAAUGAAAGGUUCAUCAUAGAGAGAGAUCUCAGUGGGAACAUAACAUCUGCUCUAGAUCUCAAAAGUCUGAAGAAAAUAAGCAGAACAGAGGAGACAUGUUAUGGAAAGGAUAUAACUGGAGGAUGUUUGUUCAUAAUACUUACUCUUGACUUUGACUAUGUACUUAAGGAUAAGAGACGGAGACGUUAUGCUGUGGAAUCAGAGGAUGAGGCUCAGAGAUUUGAGUCAGUGACGUCUGUAUAUAUAAAGUCAGUCAAAGUGGAAAAAGAUAAUAUGCAGUGUUUGAAGUGUCAGCAUGAGUAUGAGGCAGAAUCACAAGAUGAAGCAGAUUUAAUGAAGUGUCCAAAGUGUCAGAGUAAAAUGGUUAUCAAAUCAGAAAAGGAGAGUUUUCCUGUAAGAAAGAUAUCUUCAGAUAAAGUAAACAAGGAGAAUAUUGUUAAAGCAAGACCUCCACAUGAUAGUAGAAAUAAAGCAAAUAUUUGGAGGAAGUCAACUAUAAGGAGGGAAAGAAAAGAAAUUUGUUCAGAUGAUGCAAACAUUGAUGAUAGAAAGGAAGUGUUAUUGACAUCUGAUCUUGUUGAAAGAAACUAUGGAGAAUUCACAGUGUCAUCACUUAACGAGAAGGUCAACAGAAAUUCUGUGACUGAAAUAUCUUCACUCUCAAAUAAGUCAUCUUGGUCAGAUGACCAAAAAUCUGAUGUUUUUAAAUCGGGUGGAAGGGAAAGUGUGUCUUCAGUGGAAAGUGAUAUUACAGUACUGGCAGGAAACUCAAGCAGAGGAAGUAUAGCAAUAAUAUCAAAAUCCAUUAAUGAGCAGCAUAAAUCUUCAGUCACAAGUUUACCCGAACAUGAAGCUUUUUCAGAAAUUAAUAGUGGCACAGGUCAUGUGACCUCUGAAAAUGAUAUUUUAAUUAAUGACACUGGAAUUGCAUUGACAAAAGUUGGGGAAGGGCCUUUCACACCUGUCGGUUCCCCUCUUACUAACAGUGUUUGCUCAAGCAUGGUUUCCAGUGUAUAUGAAUAUACAAUUUCUGGAAAUGUUGACGAUAUUUCUGCAACAGGCAAUGAUGUGCCACUUGUUGAUGAAGAUCAGCAAGGACAUAAUAUCACAGAAUAUGUGUCAGUCAGACGUGUCAAGAGAAAUGAAAAAUGUAGACAGUCAAAUAACAGGAAUUUAACUAUCUUCGAUGAGACAAGGUGUGAUAUUUCAGAUGAUAAUUUCUCAAGUACUGCUGAAAGAACAUUGAACAAUUCCAGUGACAGGGAGAUAAGUGUUUAUGAUGUUUCAGACUCCAGGGAAAAAAAUGAAACCAAAUUUUCAGAUGGUCAUGAAUCCAUUGGUUCAUCUAUCUAUGAUACUUCAGUGUCUGAUAUUAGUAUUGAGACAAAUCAUGAUGAUUUAUUACAAAUUGCUUCCCAUAAUGCUAGGCAAUUACAUGAUGGCUCUCCAACCAAUCACGUUAAGUCUGAGCAUUCAUCUCCAUUAAGAUGUGGAAGGUCAUUGUUGAGAAGUAGAAGUAGGUCAAAAAAUAGAAGUGCUGUAUAUGUUGAUAACAUAUCAUAUGAGAGGGAUGUCAUUAAAAAUAGUGGUGCUGAAUUUCCACUUGAACUUUCGCCAACAAGAAACAUAAUCUUAGGGCAGGAAUCAGAAAAAAAUGAAAGUUCAGCAUCAAUUAAUAGGACAAAUGAAAUCUUGGGCCUUCACAACAAGUCAUCUGCACAUUUUACUACAAAUUUGAAUGAAAAUGUGCCAGCAAGUGAGGACAGUCAAGAGUCAUGUACUAAUAUUCAGUUGCCAUGGGAAGAAAGUGGGAAUCUCCAAUUGAUCGAUAAAAGUAGACAGGAUGACUCUUUGAAUCAUGACGAAUUU